AUAACGGCACUUUAGUGUAGGUCUGCCUGUACAAAUUCCAGUGAUCGCAGAAACAGAAGAACCUGGUACAAGGAGCACUCAGACGGCCAGCUUACAAAGAUAGAAAGAGGGUGAAGAGAAACACAUUUUCUGAAGCACUUAGGCUUCAGCGGGGAGUUAAAGGGGGAUUGUUUUGUCAGAUGUUGGAGAGGAUUGAGGCUGAAAAACCAGAAGACAACAUCAAGAGGAGACCAAACUAAUCAAUUCCUGGCUGGUAGUCGCAUAGAAGAGAUAAUGAAUGAGUGACAGGAUGUUUAAAAACUGAUCUAGGAGGAGGAUAUUUGCAGAUUGAUGGGAUCUAUGGUGUAGCCUACAAAAGCAACUCAAACCGGGAAUAUUUGACAAAGGAGGACCAAAAGCCAGCUGAGAGAGGAGCUGCUGAAGACAGGACAUCAGAAAGAACCACCGUACCGGCUUCUCUUGAGCCCUUUUACAAUCAAAUUUUGGCUCCUGAUUAGUGGUUUUCUCGACUAACUCAACUUUUGUCAGUCAUGUCGGAGGAAGAACAGUUGUCCUACAGCGAAGCCAUUCUGAAGGCGAGCCCCUCCCUCACUCGCUUCCCUCUCAUCCCCAUCAAAGGGGUUCCUCUCAUGAACCACAUCGCCAACAACUGGGACGACAUCUGGGCUUUCCGUCCUGACCCCUCAGACCUCCUCAUCGCCACCUACCCAAAAGCAGGGACCACAUGGACCCAGGAGAUAGUCGACCUGCUCCUUCACAACGGAGAUGCUGAUGCCUGCAGACGAGCCCCAACACCUGUCCGCAGUCCUUUCCUGGAGAUAUUCUCCCCACCACCCAUCCCCUCAGGUCUUGAUCUUCUGAAGACCAUGGAUCCUCCAAGAAUUAUCAAGACACAUCUUCCUUUCCAGUUGGUGCCUCCUGCAUUUUGGGAAAACAAGUGUAAGACUAUCUACGUGGCACGCAACGCCAAAGACAACAUGGUGAGCUACUACCACUUUGAGAAGAUGAAUCUGACCCAGCCUGAGCCAGGACCCUGGGAGGGCUACAUGCCCAAGUUCAUGCGGGGAGAGUUGUCAUGGGGCUCCUGGUACGAUCAUGUGAAAGGUUACUGGCUGGAGAGAGAGAAGAAGAAUAUCCUUUACCUCUUCUAUGAGGACAUGAAAGAGAAUCCUCGGCGUGAAGUGGAGCGCAUCAUGAGGUACCUGGACUUGUCGGUCUCUGAUGAGGUCAUCAGCAGGAUUGUGGAGCUCACGUCCUUCAAGAACAUGAAGGAGAACCCGAUGACCAACUACUCCUGCAUCCCAGUACCUAUUUUUGAUCAGACCAUCUCCCCCUUCAUGAGAAAAGGUAUAGUAGGUGACUGGAGAAACCAUUUCACACCCGAGCAAUCAAAGACGUUUGAUGAAGAUUACGAAAAGCAAAUGAAGGAUGUCAACAUACCAUUCAGGACCAACAUCUGACGAGCUAAAUACCAAAACAAAAAAAUAAUACUAAUAUUUUUUGAGCCUUGAUGUUAAACACUGUAAUCACUUUGCCUCUUGAUUUGUAGAUACGGAGGAAAACCAUCCAAAUGUACGUUUAAAGGAUCAAUAAAAAUGGGCUCCACAAUACAAGUACA